AUGGGUCGUGCAAUUGGUCUGAAUGAGCCAGUUGUUGUUUCCUCAGAUGGCAGAGUUCGCUGGCUAACUCCUACGAUACUGGACGGGUUUUGCAAGCAGUUUGUUCGCUACUUUCCUUUUGACGAACAAUACUGUCCGUUGAAGUUUUAUUCUUGGAAUUAUGAUGUGAAGAAAUUGAUGCUAAGUGGCAACGAUAGGAAUAUGUUGUCCAACUAUACUGGUAUGUUCAUGGACCUCUAGCGUGAACAGUUUAAAACUGAUAGAGUUAUCCAGCAUAAAUAAAGUUAGUUUAGUUUAGUUUAGUUUAGUUUAGUUUAGUUUAGUUUAGUUUAGUUAGUUUAGUUUAGUUUAGUUUAGUUUAGUUUAGUUUUCCUCUUGUAGUAACACUGGAUCAAUAAAAGAUGAUCCUUACUGGACCUCUAGCGUGAACAGUUUAGAACUGAUAGAACUAUUCAGUAUAAAUAAAGUUAGUUUAGUUUAGGUUUCCUCCUGUAGUAACACUGGAUCAAUAAGAGAUUAUCCUUACUGGACCUCUAGGGAGAACAGUUUAGAACUGAUAGAGCCAUCCAGUAUAAAUAAAGUUAGUUUAGUUUAGGUUUCCUCCUGUAGUAACACUGGAUCAAUAAGAGAUUAUCCUUACUGGACCUCUAGGGAGAACAGUUUAGAACUGAUAGAGCCAUCCAGUAAAAAUAAAGUUGUUUAGUUUAGGUUGCUGCCAAUGAUUGAUGGCAUUUUGUCUUUGCAGAAAGUGGUACCUGGGCAAUCAUGGAUAUCAUCAAAAAGGAACACACGACAAAAAAGGACAACAUUGCGAAAGCUACAGUCACCUUUGUCGUCCGCAUUCAACGUAAAGUGUUCUACUACUUCGUGUACCUCAUUGCUCCGUGUGUCCUCACAGCUAUACUGGCAACUCUGAUAUUUUACCUUCCCGCUGCAAGUGGUGAACGUAUGGUCGUUGGUUGUACCAUCCUUCUCGCAUUGUCCGUGUUCUUUUUACUUGCCACAAACUACAUCCCGGAGACAUCCGAGCAUGUCCCUCUGGUUGGCAGGUUUGUGCGUUGACUGGCUUGCACACGUAAAAACGCACAAGUUGUAACAAACCUGCAGCAGACUUGUAGCAAUGCUGUUCCAACAACUUGUCAACAGGAUGUGUUCGCACUGCUUGUUCCCAAUUUGUUGACAAGUUGUCAACGGUUUAUUGACAUCUUGCUACAAGGUUUAUCAGCUCAACAGAUUUGUCACAAGUUGUUCCAACAACUUGUUAUCGUCCUGCAAUUCAACAAUUUGUCAACAAGUUGUGAAUGACAAGCUUGUAGCAACUUGAUAAAAUAACAGCAUUGUUACAACUUGUGGACAAGCUUGCUACAAGCCUGUUGCAAAUAUAUCUUCUUGACAAGUUGUGAGACUUUUAUAUGUGUAGCUUUCAAUAAGUUUUGCGGGGCAUCAGAUGAAUAUAGACGCUUGUAUGUGCAAGAACUACAUAUCACAAUUCUAUUUAUUUGCCUCCAAGUACAAGACUACUACAUGUGAUGAACAGAAUGAACAGUAUACAGGCCUUUCGUGUAUUUUCAGCUUCACUUGUAAAUACACAAUCUUUAUUUAGGUAUUAUUCUAUGGUGAUAGUUGAGAUAUGUAUUGCAUUAGUGUGCACAGCCUGGGUCCUCAGAUAUCAUUAUCGUAAUCCCGCCAUGGGGAAAAUCCCAAGAUGGAUUCGAGUAAGUAAAUAUAUGAUAGUAAAUACCAUUGUAAAUACAGAUAUAAAACCUGCUUCACCUUACGUUUCUCUUGUUAUUUUAGGUGUACAUUUUUGGUUACAUCUCAAAGCUGGUUCGAAUCAAAGUACCUGAAGAAAUGCUGGCCAAAAAUACCCCGGUUGAUGAAGGUGGACAAGAGUUCUUUUCACCUACUCCUGUUUCACUAAACUAACUUUAUUUAUACUGGAUAGCUCUAUCAGUUCUAAACUGUUCUUCCUAGAGGUCCAGUAAGGAUCAUCUCUUAUUGAUCCAGUGUUACUACAGGAGGAAACCUAAACUAAACUAACUUUAUUUAUACUGCAUAGCUCUAUCAGUUCUAAACUGUUCUCCCUAGAGGUCCAGUAAGGAUCAUCUCUUAUUGAUCCAGUGUUACUACAGGAGGAAACCUAAACUAAACUAACUUUAUUUAUACUGGAUAGCUCUAUCAGUUCUAAACUGUUCUUCCUAUAGAGGUCCAGUAAGGAUCAUCUCUUAUUGAUCCAGUGUUACUACAGGAGGAAACCUAAACUAAACUAACUUUAUUUAUACUGGAUAGCUCUAUCAGUUCUGAACUGUUCUCCCUAGAGGUCCAGUAAGGAUCAUCUCUUGUUGAUCCAUUGUUACUACAGGAGGAAACCUAAACUAAACUAACUUUAUUUAUACUGGAUAGCUCUAUCAGUUUUAAACUGUUCUUCCUUGUAUCCCCUGUAGUGUCUGACUGGAAGUCUUCCCGUAUCGUAUUGCAAGAAUCAAAACUCCGAACGACACUGUGAGACACCAAGUAAGAUAUUCUCUAUGUACAUACCUGCUUCAUAUUUGCCAAUCAACAAAUGUGGUAAUAUAAACACGAAGUUAGCAAUGCCCAGUAUAAACAGCGCCCAGCCGAGCCAACGGGACUUGCUCUGUUGUCCGCCGUAAUAGCUCACAAACACCGUGACAAAUAAACACGCGACAUCGUACAUGCUCGUCACUAUGCCCAUCACAGAACUAAGCAAAGAAAGUAUAUUUUAUCCAAGAAAGGUUUUUCGCGAUGGAAAUUUGAAGCUUUUAUGCAGCGCUUUAACGAACGCGGGCCUAUUCCCUAAUGAACAAAAUUUUGAUCUACGACAAGUCUGGGCAAAAAUUUCAUCACAGCUUGAAAGAGUAUCACAAAAUUAGUAAUAUUCCCAAGUUUCGUUGCGACAUGUUGUAAAAUGCGGAUAAUAUAGCCCUGCGAAGUUUGCCGUUUUUCAGUCAUUUUGUAUUACACAUUUACAUUUCCCGUGCGUAAUACAAAAUGACUGAAAAAUGGCAAACUUCGCAGGGCUAUAUUAUCCGCAUUUUACAACAUUUUGCAACGAAACUUGGGAAUAUUACUAAUUUUGUGAUGCUCUUUCAAGCUGUGAUGAAAUUUUUGUCUAGACUUGUCUAGAUCAAAAUUUUGUUCAUUAGGUAAUAGGUCCACUACUGAGCCAUGAUUGUAAACGAAAGCUUGGCGUAUUCCAUUUAAAAUCUCUUCAUUUUAGCAUUGAAAAUUAAAAAGCAAUAUCAGCAGUCAUAUGUCAAUACAAUAUAUGUGAAUCAAUCAGAGUCACUAUCUUAUUCAUUUUCCGACUUCUCAGAAGACAAAUGUUGUCUCCAAAGAAAGUACAUGUGCAGACAACAUGAAACUUUAGACUGCAUUUAAAUUUCACAAGCAGUUAUCAAACUCGUGUCACAGAAGUGGUAAAGGACGUGUGUGACAACUGAAUGGUAUCCUUUUGUAACGUUUUUGGCCAGUGGUGGGUAUUUAUUUUCUAAUUGAUAUCUGAGGUUGGGUAGGAAAAAAGUUUGACUUUUUUAUGGUUGGAUCAGUAAAAUUUUACCAACAAAAACACUAAUUUCUAUUCGGUGCCACCCCUCGCCUUAAAUAAUGACCACUCCCUAAUAUGGCCCGAUAACUUUACCUUGAAAGACCAAAUCGCUUCUCUAUCGUCGACACAGAGACGGAAUAUGUGCCAUUUAUAACCAUACUCAAGCAAAAGUAAUACAAACACAGAAAUGUUAGUAGCCAUUGCGGGGUAUUAAAACACUGUAGACUGCUUGGCCGUAGGUUGAACCAACCAAAUCGAGUGGACGACAUUUCCUUGGACGAUUUUAUCUAAAAUAAAACAAAACACAAAAGUUAGCUUAUUUAUAAGCUGCUAUUAAUAUCUAUUACGUUGGCUGUUAUUGGUUUAAGCACUGUUUUUGAAACGGGGAUGGUUAUAUAACAUCCUUAUUAAACCACUAUAGCAAUAUCCUUGACGUAAUUAUGCGCGGUUUCUGUUUUGGGUAAAACUAAUAGACGCUUGGUGCCGUAAGAAUUUUGGAGGUCAAUGCAGUUUAAAUGAAGUUUAAUUUAGGUUUACUGAUAGAGCUAUCCAUUAUGAAUAAAGUUAGUUUAGUUUAGGUUUCCUCCUGUAGUAACACUGGAUCAAUAAGAGAUGAUCCUUACUGGACCUCUAUGAAGAACUGUUUAGAACUGGUAUAGAGCUAUCCAGUAUGAAUAAAGUUACUUUAGUUUAGGUUUUCUUUUGUAGUAACACUGGAUCAAUAAGAGAUGAUCCUUACUGGACCUCUAUAGGGAGAACAGUUUAGAACUGAUAGAGCUAUCCAGUAUAAAUAAAGAUGGUUUAGUUUAGGUUUCCUCCUGUAUUAACACUGGAUCUAUAAGAGACGACUCCUACUGGACCUCUAGGAAGAACAGUUUAGAACUGAUAGAGCUAUCCAGUAUAAAUAAAGUUAGUUUAGUUUAGAUUUCCUUCUGUAUUAACACUGGAUCUAUAAGAGACGACUCCUACUGGACCUCUAGGAAGAACAGUUUAGAACUGAUAGAGCUAUCCAGUAUAAAUAAAGUUAGUUUAGUUUAGAUUUCCUUCUGCAGUAACAGUGAAUCAAUAGGAGAUGAUCCUUACUGGACCUCUAGGGAGAACAGUUUAUAACAACACUGUAUGUUUUCCGUGCGACCUUUUAAAACACUGUUUAUAAAUAUAUCAUUCGGAAAUCCCCUAGAUUGCCCAAUAUCGCUCAUAAUGGGACCAAACCCAGGCGACCUCUCCAAGUGUAUACAAGAUAAAUGAAACCGGAUAUUACCGGCCGGAAAUUAUACAUUAUUUCCCAGCAUGCAUCAGUGUGAGAUGGAUGUCCCUUGGUUCAAGUAUUGUGAGGUUCAAUGGCUAGUGGGGUACAAUGCUUUGACUGAAUUUCUAGGUGUUCUUGUAUACAUGAUUUAUCAGAAAAGAUGGGGGAUAUUUUAUCACUAUUUUGGGAAUCUCAUUUACUGUUGGAGAUGGUCUGCAAGUUAUGUACAUUUCUGGACCUUAGCCAAUAUAGGAGCUGAUUAAAUGGAGACUGUUUACAGCCCGACCUGAAUUUCAUCCCGGUUUCCCGGGAUGAAAUUCCAGCCUGGCCUAGGGGUAAAAUUCUGGGUAAAAAAAACAUGGCAAGCGAUUACAAGACAGAAAUUUCAUCCCGGGAUGAGUUUCAGCCUGGUCGAAGCUAUACCAUGGCUGAAAAUCGUCAUGUGAUCGACGGGAAUUUUCAACCCUGGUUGAAAAAACAGCGUUGAAGUGGCUUUAUUUCUGUCUGUUUUACUUCUAAAUGCAACCACAGUCUCGCAGAAGUUAAAUAAUAGACAUGAACAACAUUUUGAAUUAUUCGAAGAAGCGAGGAAUAGCUCCAUUUUGAGACUUGAUCGUUUCAGCCCGGGUUGAGAUUUCACCCCUGGGUUUGAACUGAAAUUCUAACGCAUCCCGGGCUGAAAUUUACCAUGUAAUCGUGAAACAAUUUCAGCUCGAUUAACCCGGUUGAAAUUCAGCCCGGGCUGAAAACUCCCCAUGUAAUCAGCCCCUAAAACUGCUCAGCUGGUCAGGUCAAAAAUUUCAACAUAGGUCACUGGACAACAUAAUGAGAUAUGGCGCACUUUUUUUAAUAAAAAUUGGCAUUUCUAACGACGUCUGCAAUUGACAUGCAAUGCUCUAAAACCAUUGGCUUGAGCAAGUCCGACCGUAGGUCAUAUAUAUGCGCAAGUCCUUUCGUAAUUUCCCGCGGACACGAAUGGUCAUCGAAUAACACACAGACACACGCACUCACACAGAUACAAACUUAAAACAUAACCUCCCUAAAUCAUAGCCUCCUGUAGAAAAUUAUUGAUACAUGAAUAGCAUGAUUAAACUUUCAAAUUAGUUUUUAAUGCCUGAACGUACUCAAAUGGCAAAACUCCUUUUUCAAAUGGCGAAACUCCCUUUACAAUUGGCAGAACUCCCUUUACAAAUGCAAGAACUCCCUUUACAAAUGGCAGAACUCCCUUUACAAAUGCAAGAACUCCCUUUACAAAUGGCAGAACUCCCUUUACAAAUGCAAGAACUCCCUUUUCAAAUGGGAGAACUCCUUUUCAAAUGGCAGAACUCCCUCUACAAAUGGCAGAACUCCCUUUUCAAUUGGCAGAACCCCCUUUACAAUUGGCAGAACUCCCUUUUCAAAUGGCAGAACAUGGUUUUCAAAUGGCAGAACUCCGUUUUCAAAUGGCAGAAUUCGAACUCCCUUUUCAAAUGGCAGAACUUGGUUUUCAAAUGCCAGAACUCCCUUUUCAAAUGCCAGAACUCCCUUUUCAAAUGCCAGAACUCCAUUUACAAAUGCCAGAACUCCCUUUACAAAUGCCAGAACUCUCUUUACAAAUGCCAGAACUCCCUUUUCAAGUGCCAGAACUCCUUUUACAAAUGCCAGAACUCCCUUUACAAAUGCCAGAACUCUCUUUACAAAUGCCAGAACUCCCUUUUCAAAUGCCAGACCUCCCUUUUCAACUUUUAACUGUAUACUCAUCAAUUAUUAGUAUACUCAUCAAUUAUUACCGCACCUAUUUAUAACCGUAUGAAUUGAAAUACUGAAAGGUUUUACCCUAUACUAAAAUAUAAUUCAGGCCUUAAAAUAUCGCUCGGUCACGUCGUCAAAUCGUCCGACGUAGAGAGGAAACCACUGGACAUUCUGUUCGACCUAAGUGAAACUGAGGUUUAUUGUUUGUCCGACCCAAGUGAAUAUUGGUGUCGGACCUAACUUUAACUUUGUCCAACGUAAAUAAAAAUGUACCCUAGUCCAGGACUAGAGGCUCGUAUGUUAAAUGGAGAAUCAGAGUAUUGUAAUGUAUAAAAAGUGAACUGGAAAUGUGUAAUCAAGUGGGGUUUGGAAAUUCAUUGCCAAGAUUUAAAUGACUUUUCCAAAUUGUCCUGAUAUUCAUUUGUGUCUGCAUCCAUACUUAUUUCCAAGCCAAACUGAACUCAAAAUGAUCGGAUAUUACAAUACAUAUGUCCGACCCGCAAACUCAAGGUCAUGGAACAUUUUGUCAGACGAUUCUCUGACCGAUGGUUUAAGACCUGUUUAAUAAAGUUAUCAAUGUCAAUGUCAAAGGGUUCGGCUAGGCCCGCGUUUUUCAACAAACUUUUCUUUAUUAAAUAACUGUAAGAAAUUAAACUCCCUCUCGUAGAUGACAUAUUACGCUUAAUAAGAUUUCCUGUCAUACUCUGAAGAAUCUUUUAUGAGUUUCAGCCAUUCAAUGUGGGAGAGUAAGUUUAGGCGAAAAUUAAUAACUUUAGCAGUCAUGGGAAUGGCUGCUUCGGUAAUACUUCAUAUUAUAUUCAUAUAUUCAAGUCUUGCGUGUGACGUCACAUUAUGUGCGGUAAUGAGCCAAUGUGGAGUUUCCCAAAUGACACAUUCUUCGCAGGGCGCAAAUUGCAGUUCAACUAUAGCUUAUGGCUGAGACUAGAACGAUUGGAUUAUGCGUGUCAAAGUAUACACUAAUUCAAUUAUUUGCUUCUAGCACAAUUAAAUAAUUUUUGUAAGGGAUGACACUUACUGGACCUUUAGGAAGAACAGUUUAGAACUGGUAGAACUAUCCAGUAUAAAUAAAGUUAGUUUAGUUUAGGUUUUCUCCUGUGGUAACACUGGAUCAAUAAGAGAUGAUCCUUACUGGACCUCUAGGAAGAACAGUUUAGAACUGAUAGAGCUAUCCAGUAUAAAUAAAGUUAGUUUAGUUUAGGUUUCCUCUUGUAGUAACACUGGAUCAAUAAGAGAUGAUCCUUACUGGACCUCUAGGAAGAACAGUUUGGAACUGAUAGAGUUAUCCAGUAUAAAUAAAGUUAGUUUAGUUUAGAUUUCCUCCUGUAGUAACACUGGAUCAAUAAGAGAUGAUCCUUACUGGACCUCUAGGAAGAACAGUUUAGAACUGAUAGAGCUAUCCAGUAUAAAUAAAGUUAGUUUAGUUUAGGUUUCCUCUUGUAGUAACACUGGAUCAAUAAGAGAUGAUCUUUACUGGACCUCUAGGAAGAACAGUUUAGAACUGAUAGAGCUAUCCAGUAUAAAUAAAGUUAGUUUAGUUUAGAUUCCCUCCUGUAGUAACACUGGAUCAAUAAGAGAUUGUCCUUAUACUGGACCUCUAGGGAGAACACUGAUAGAGCUAUCCGGUAUACAUAAAGUUUAGGUUUACAAAUUAUUUCGUUGUUUAUAAAACAUUCUCACACAAAACCAUUCCUUCACAUACCGAACAUUUUAUCGCAUUCAAAAGAUUCCCUAGCCAACUGUGAGGCUAAAAAGAGAUUAAUUGAUCGCAUGGGGCGUUCCUUGCAAUACGAUUGGUCAGAAAAUGUCGCAAAAUUCCACUGUUAUAAAGUUAUACACCCCAUGUUGGUAUUUAGUUGUAGCAAUAUUCACGAAACAUUUAACUUAGUACAUGUAGUUUGUAUGAAUAUAAAUUCUAUAUCCUCGGCCAAGGGAUUUGUACUCAGGUAUAUUAUAUAUAUUGGAUGUUGGUUCUCCAAGUGAUGUCCACACCAGACAAGUAGAAAACUACUUGAUCAUGGUGGGAUUUGUACUCAGGUAGAUUAUAUAUAUUGGAUGAUGUUCUCCAAGUGAUAUUCACACCAGACAAGUAGAAAACUACUUGAUCAUGGUGGGAUUUGUACUCAGGUAGAUUAUAUAUAUUGGAUGAUGUUCUCCAAGUGAUAUUCACACCAGACAAGUAGAAAACUACUUGAUCAUGGUGGGAUUUGUACUCAGGUAGAUUAUUUAUAUUAGAUGAUGUUCUCAAAGUGAUGUCCACACCAGACAAGUAGAAAACUACUUGAUCAUGGUGGGAUUUGUACUCGGAUAGAUAAUAUGUAAAGCAUACAAAUCCUAUCAUGAUCAAGUAGUUUUGUACUUGUCUAGUUUGGACAUCACUUAGGCAGAAAACUAAUAUAUAAUCUAACAUGCGUGGUGAAAUCCCUUUAGUUACCGCCCCCUCCCCCCAAAAAAAUAUGCCAUCUUAAGAUUAAUUUGUCGCUUUCCCGUGGUCUUUUCUAAACACUCAUAACGGGGGUCUUGAUGAAAGAUAUUUUGUAAGAAUUAUUCCAGUUAUUCUAGACAAUAUGCAGUUCAUUGUUUGACGUUUGUUGAUUAAGCACUUCGCUAAAUGUGAGUGUCAUGUGCCCGUCGUUAUUUGAGGUUGAAGCGUGCCCUAGGGGGUCGAUCAAACUUCAUCCCGUCCUAGGACUUGAUCAAACUUCAACCAGUCCUAGGACUUGAUCAAACUUCAUCCAGUCCUAAGACUUGAUCAAACUUCAUCCAGUCCUAGGACUUGAUCAAACUUCAUCCAGUCCUAAGAUUUGAUCAAACUUCAACCAAUCCUAGGACUUGAUCAAACUUCAACCAGUCCUAAGACUUGAUCAAACUUCAUCCAGUCCUAGGACUUGAUCAAACUUCAUCCAGUCCUAAGACUUGAUCAAACUUCAUCCAGUCCUAAGACUUGAUCAAACUUCAUCCAGUCCUAAGACUUGAUCAAACUUCAUCCAGUCCUAGGACUUGAUCAAACUUCAACCAGUCCUAAGACUUGAUCAAACUUCAUCCAGUCCUAGGACUUGAUCAAACUUCAAUCAGUCCUAAGACUUGAUCAAACUUCAUCCAGUCCUAGGACUUGAUCAAACUUCAACCAGUCCUAAGACUUGAUCAAACUUCAUCCAGUCCUAGGACUUGAUCAAACUUCAUCCAGUCCUAAGACUUGAUCAAACUUCAACCAGUCCUAGGACUUGAUCAAACUUCAUCCAGUCCUAGGACUUGAUCAAACUUCAUCCAGUCCUAGGACUUGAUCAAACUUCAUCCAGUCCUAGGACUUGAUCAAACUUCAUCCAGUCCUAGCACUUGAUCAAAACUUCAUCCAGUCCUAAGACUUGAUCAAACUUCAUCCAGUCCUAGGACUUGAUCAAAACUUCAUCCAGUCCUAGGACUUGAUCAAACUUCAUCCAGUCCUAAGACUUGAUCAAAACUUCAUCCAGUCCUAAGACUUGAUCAAACUUCAUCCAGUCCUAGGACUUGAUCAAACUUCAUCCAGUCCUAGGACUUGAUCAAACUUUGUUCAUUCCUAAGACUUAAUCAAACUUCAUCCAGUCCUAGUGAUCAAACUUCAUCCAAUCCUAGGACUUGAUCAAAACUUCAUCCAGUCCUUGGACUUGAUCAAACUUCAUCCAGUCCUAGGACUUGAUCAAACUUUGUUCAUUCCUAAGACUUAAUCAAACUUCAUCCAGUCCUAGGACUUGAUCAAAACUUCAUCCAGUCCUAGGACUUGAUCAAAACUUCAUCCAGUAGUAGGACUUGAUCAAACUUUAUCCAAUUCUAAGACUUGAUCAAACUUCAUCCAGUCCUAAGACUUGAUCAAAACUUCAUCCAGUCCUAGGACUUGAUCAAAACUUCAUCCAGUCCUAGGACUUUAUCAAAACUUCAUCCGAUCCUAAGAUUUGAUCAAACUUAAUCCAGUCCUAGGACUUGAUGAAACUUCAUUCUCAAUUCAGGUUUACUUAUUGAGGUCAGUAGGGUGCCUCACCAUAUCAUAACAUACGACCUGGGCUAACAUUAUUCACGCUGAAUUUGUAUAUAGAAAGAAAACAUUACCGCUUUUAAAUAGCCUGCUAUUUUAAUAAGUGGAUUUAACCAUAUAUGUAAGGGUCAUGUAUAUUACUUGACAUCGUUUAAUAAAUAUAAUUAGCACCUAUUAUUUUGCUACAUUAACCAAAUUAACACAAUACUAAAUGACAAGCUAUUAAUCAAUCAAGACUAGCCUGCCAAUAUAUGUAGUACAACAUCAUAUUUAUUAGUGUGUUAAACGAGUUUACUUACAUUUAGAAGGCAUACAAAAUGUAGUUCUCUGUGGUAUCGUAACAGCGCGGUUCAAUUUGCCACAUACAACUACUUGAACUGCAUUUUUCGGUCAGCGAGAAGUCUUGCUGUUUAGAUUAAAUUAUAAUCUUCUUAAUGGCUCUUUUAUCUCGACUAAUAUAAUUACAUGAGUGAACUAUUUAUUGUUUUUUGCCAUUUUUGUUUAGCGAAUUGAAGAUAUUUCGAAAAAAUCUGGACGAAAAAGUUACCACAAGGCGAAUGACAGCGAAAAUUUUGGCGAGAGACAAUUGUGGAUCGAUUUUUGA